UGGUCGCAACUACUAUUUGAACGAUACAUUAAUAUAGAUUUAUUGUAUAAACAAAUGAAUAAUUAUAAAAAAAAAAGUGAAAAACAUAAAAAACGUGUAUUCAUGCAGAAAAAUCUCUAUUACUUUGUUAAUAAUUGCACUUGCAGUGUAGUUUUUUUCCGAGGUCGAUAGGUGACAGGACAGAUAGAAGAAGAAUUGAUUUGUAACAACAUUUAUACAAAAAUGAUAUCCUGUUUAGUAGAACCAUAUACCUUCUGUUAAGAAGUAUCUAGUAUUAUACAAAUAAAAAUAUGGAUUCUGCCACUGAAUCAGAACAUAUAGAAAAAUUAAUAAAAGAGGCUGAAAGUUUAAAAAUACGUUUAGAAGAUGAACGACAAAAAUUGAAUGAUAUUACUCUUGCUAGUGUAGCAGAUAGGCUUGAAAUAAUUAGUUACAUUAAUGUAAAAUCACGUCGUGUUUUAAAAGGUCAUCAAGCAAAAGUUCUGUGUUCUGACUGGUCUCCAGAUAAACGUCAUAUUGUAUCUUCGUCACAGAAUGGUAAAAUGAUAAUAUGGGAUGCUUUUACAACAAAUAAAGAACAUGCUCUUAAUAUGCCAACUAUCUGGGUUAUGGCUUGUGCUUAUGCUCCAAGUGGAGCUCUGGUUGCUUGUGGGGGAUUAGAUAAUAAAAUUACUGUAUAUCCUUUGAGUCAAGAAGAUGAAGUAUCAACUCGAAAAAAAACUGUUGUUACACAUACAUCAUACAUGUCUUGUUGUGUAUUCCCUAACAGUGAUCAACAAAUAUUAACGGGUAGUGGAGAUAGCACCUGUGCUUUAUGGGAUGUAGAAAGUGGUCAACUAUUACAAAGUUUUCUUGAUCAUUCAAGUGAUGUAAUGUCUAUUGAUUUAGCACCAAGUGAAACUGGUAACACAUUUGUUUCUGGUAGUUGUGAUAAAAUGGUUUUAAUAUGGGAUAUGCGGACUGGUCAAUGUGUUCAAAGUUUUGAAGGACAUCAAUCUGAUGUUAACUCUGUAAAAUUUCAUCCAGGUGGUGAUGCAGUGGCAACAGGUUCUGAUGAUGCAACUUGUCGUCUUUUCGAUCUGCGUGCGGAUAGAGAAAUUGCUGUCUAUGCGAAAGAAAGUAUAAUAUUUGGAGCAAAUGCAGUCGAUUUAAGCGUUAGUGGACGUUUACUUUUUGCUGGUUACAAUGAUUACACUGUAAAUAUAUGGGAUACUCUAAAAUGUCAACGAGUUGCGAUUUUAUAUGGACAUGAAAAUCGUGUAUCUUGUUUACGAGUUUCUCCAGAUGGAACUGCUCUUUCUACUGGAAGUUGGGAUUCAACUUUACGAGUUUGGGCUUAG